UAUUGACUAAACCCAUCUUUUGAGCCAGAAUGAGUUUCUGAUUCUUUAGCUCACAAGAGGUUUAAUAUUAAGAAAGUCUUCUAUGAAAAUUUACUUUUACUUCCAUUUUACUGACCUCACUGAUUUAAGGUUUGCUAGAUCUCAAUACUGCAGAUUCUGAGAAUUUAUAUCAAAUAGUGCAUGGAAAGAGUUCUGAGGCUUACUCAAGAGUCGUACUUUAAAAAUGAGAGUCAUUAAGCUCAGACGAUGAUUCUGAAGAAUCAUAGUAGUUUAGACAAAUAAACUGUAAAAUUGCAAAAAACUCUAGCUUCAUUUGUAAUAUCAAAUUUACAUGGAUCUAUUAUUCCUGAAUACAUUCUGCUGUUGAGGCUGUCACCUAGAGGGUGAUCCCCACAGAAUUCUCAAAAGGAAGCUCCAUU